AUGUGUGCCACAGAUAAUAUCAGUUUAGGAGAAGACUUGGAGAUAGAGAUACUGUGGCAACUACCUGCAAAAUCAUUGAUGAGAUUCAGAUGUGUUAAAAAAUCAUGGAACAUUCUCAUCUCAAGCCACUCCUUUGUUACUGGAAGAAGCAAAUUACAGAUUCAAGAGAACAGUAGUCUUCUAGUUCUUCACAAAAGACCCUACAUCAAGUUUCUCUUAUGUGACAGAGACAAUGAAAAACCAAUGCCCAUUAAAUCAGUGUUUUCAAACAACGUAGCAACAAUCCAAUUCUAUGGAAGUUGCAACGGUGUUUUCUGUCUCAAAGGUAUUUAUCCAUACACUACUUAUCAUAAUGAGUUGAUCAUGUGGAAUCCAACCACUAAUGAGGUUCACUUUAUUCCUCCCGCUCCUUCGCUCGGGAACCGUUACAUCGACGAAUCUAUGUACGGUUUUGGCGCUGUUAACGAUGAUUUCAAAGUUGUUAAACUCAAUAUCUCUACCAAUGACGGGAGGACGAAGAUGCUAUAUCUUUUAUCAGCAGAAGUUUAUGACAUAAACACUAAAUCUUGGACACUUAUCAGGAACCAUCCUCCUGUUAUUAUGGUUACUCGUCAAGAACCUCCGAGAUACAACACUCUUGUUGAUGGUGUUUAUCAUUGGAUUACCGCGUCUCAUCGAUAUAAUGCUGCAAAUAUUCUCUGCUAUGACUUUCACAAUAACCAGUUUCAGCAACUUCAAGCUCCAUAUUCAAGAUAUCUCGAAUCAUUUUUCUGCGAUGACGUUGCUGCCAUAAAGGAUUCUCUUGGAUAUGUGGUGCAACAUAGAUUUUCUACUAGGAUUUUGUUGGAAAUUUGGAUUACGGAACAAAACGGGUGGUCCAAGAAGUAUAACAUUGGUCCAUUUAGUUCAACGUUUACUAUUUUUGGUCCUUGGAAUAAUGGUGAAGAAAUUCUUAUGGGAGAGGUUGGACAAGUGCUCAUGUCCUAUGAUCAUCAUGGAAACGCUCUUCGCCAAUUUCAAAUUGAUAUUUUAGAGAAUGAAUAUUUUUGGAUUUAUGAGUUUGUACCAAGUAUAUCUCUUUUGUUAAAGUAG